GUGCAGGUAGGUGCUGGGAUGUGGGAGCCGAAGCUGGAGCUGGUGCAAUCGGGGAAGGGGGAAAAAGGGAGCCGUGAAGCGAUGGGCCGGGGGUCACUGGCAGGGCCGGCAGCGAGGCUGCGGUGCAAGGCAGUGGGGGGUCUGUGGCUGUGCAAGUGCAUGUUGCCGGGAGAGAGGGAGCGUGCGGCUGGCAGGGGGACCGAUCACCCCCUCUGGUGCUGCCAUAGACAACAGGCCAAGUAGUGCUGGGAGCCCCAGUCCCGCAACUUCGUGCGAGGAGUCAGUUGGGCUGGGGGGGCUGGGGGUGGGGGGAGGGCCAGAACUUUCUCUGAUCGAGUCUGAUUCCUGCCGCUCCGCAGAGAGGAGUGAUUGCUGAGAGCUAAUUCAGCAGGCCAAGGCGGGGGGAGGGGGAAGGAGGAGGAAUGAUGAUUGCACAGCCAGAAAGUGAGUUUUGGGGGUGGGGGAGUGCAGGGUGGGAGAGAGCCUUCACGUCGACGCUAGACAUUAGACGCCGAUAUCAGGGGCGAGAGCUGCAGCGGCUCCGUCCCACACGAAAUGAAGGGAUAUUUUGUUGCAUUUGCAACAAUGGUGAUGGCUAAACGAGCAGGCCAAAUGCUGGGAGGCGCUAGAGCAGGGAUGGGGUGUCGGGCGGGGGCAUCCCUAGGUGGGCCGGGAAUGAGAUCUAACCUGGGCCAGCCGCCAGCGGAGAUCCCACCGGGUCGCCACCUUGCAGGUCGGAUACGCAGGAGGGGGCUGGGGGGUUUAGACAGGCUCUGGGGUAGCGUCGUGUUUGAAGAGGGUUCCAAGUGCCUGGCGCAAGGACGGUUUAUAACUCCCGAGCUGCAGCGAGGUUGAACCGUGCAUUUGAGUUUCCAGGCUGUUCAUCCGUUGGGGCUUCUCAUCGGGCGUUUAGGUUUUGUUUGUUUACUUGUGUUAAGGAAACAAAAUGACCACAGACGUGCAAAAUCCCAACGAUCCCUAAGGAAUUUACAGGAGCAAAAGAAGGCGAGAAGGAGGCUCUGGCACGAACAUGGCAAAGCGUCACAGCAGCAAACAUGGCAUAGAAGCUGUAAAGACUUUAGAUAUUCAAUUUUAGGAAAUGGGGUAGAAAUUAUUUUUAGAACCCCCCCCCCCCCCCAUUUUUCCAAUCCUCCAUUUUACCCAAACAUUUUUAAAAAUGGCAAAUUCCAGACUCUCAAGAUACCAGAUUUCCACUUCUUCAAAUAAGAAAGAUUUGCAGACCUACUAGAACUUGGUUGGAUCUGGAAAGAUUAAGAGUCCCUCACAACUCAAACCUGAGUCUUUUCCGAACUGCUCCAGACACUAUGGAUUCUAUCAAGAUGUCCUGCAAGGCUGUCCUCAGGCGAGGCAGUAAGAGGCAGUGGAGCUGGCCUCGGCACUGGGAGAGGCUGGAUUUCCCGUCUCUCUGUGCUGAAUGGCUGCGAUGGCGCCCGCUCUCACUGACGCAGCAGCUGAAGCUCACCACAUCCGGUUCAAACUGGCUCCCCCGUCCUCCACCUUGUCACCUGGCAGUGCCGAGAACAACGGCAACGCCAACAACAUUCUUCUCACUGCCAACGGCACCAAAAGGAAAGCCAUUGCUGCAGAGGAUCCCAGUGUAGAUUUCCGUAAUAACCCUACCAAGGAGGAGCUGGGCAAGCUGCAGCCACUGGUGGCCUCUUAUCUCUGCUCGGAUGUAACAUCUGUUUCUUCAAAAGACCCUUUGAAGUUGCAAGGAGUCUUCAACAAGCAGACAGUUCUUAAACCUCAUUCUCUCUUAUCUCAGUCCUUCUUGAAAACAAACGAUCUGUUGGGGAGACAACCAGUGUUAGAGUUUUCUUUGGAAAAUCUAAAAAACAUGAGUACUAGUGGUCAGCCACCUCUUCCACAAGCACCUGUGAAUGGCUUGGCCAAGAAAUUGGCUAAAAGUACCAACUCAGACCAUGAAAACUCCAGUUCACUUAAUGGUGGGAAGCGUGUUCCCCUCUCAGCCACCCUCCAGGGUGUUGACUCUAACGCUGCAGGGGGUUCUGAAUCAGGGGACUUGAAGACGGGUUUGACCAAUUGCACUCUUCCACACAGAAGCCUUGAUGCUGAGCACACAACUCCAUUUAGCAAUAAUAGCACUGCAAACAAAUUGUCCCUUAAUUCUGCAGAGCAGCAGCGGGUGAUUGAAGGAGGCAGUGGAGAGAAUAGAUUGUCGUCUGGUGUAGAUGCACGUUCUGAUUUUGGGAGCGGCAAGACAGAGGAGCAGAAGUCUCCUCUGUCGGCUGGUCUCUUCAGUGCCAUGGACUCUGAUUUGAGGACAAAGGCACUGCUACGGCGGCAGGCAGACAUUGAGAACCGUGCUCGCAGGCUGCAGAAACGCCUGCAGGUGGUGCAGGCCAAGCAGGUAGAGAGACACAUCCAGCAACAGCUGGGUGGCUUCUUGGAGGAGACUCUGAGCAAACUGCCAAACUUGGACUCUCUAAGGCAUCGGAGCCAGCUGAUGCUCACCCGCAAGGCAGAAGCGGCCUUGAGGAAAGCUGCAAGUGAAACAUGUACGUCAGAAGGACUAAGCAGCUUCCUGAAGAGUGACUCUGUUUCAGAGGAACUGGAGAGGUUUACAGCCAGUGGGAUGGCCAAUUUGAGAUCCAGUGAGCAAGCAUUUGAUUCGGAUGUCACUGACAGCAGCUCAGGAGGGGAAUCUGACAUUGAGGAGGAGGAACUGACCAAAGCAGAACCAGAACAGCAUCAUGUACCACUGAGGAGACGGUCAGAAUGGAGAUGGGCAGCAGACCGAGCAGCUAUAGUCAGUCGCUGGAACUGGCUCCAAGCUCACGUCUCAGACCUGGAAUACCGAAUCCGACAACAAACAGAUAUUUACAAGCAGAUUCGUGCUAAUAAGGGGCUGAUAGUCCUUGGUGAAGCGUUGUCCCCAGAUACUGCAGUAGAUGAUGCAUCCCAUCCCCUUAGUGCUGAAGUUAAGCUGGAGCCCGGGACUGACAGACUGGGUGCUUCCAUUUCCCAGCCAGUAGUGAAUCUUGGUACAUCUGCUGGAAAUACUCCAGAAUCCCUUCCCUCCAAACCCUGUGGAGCGCUGAGACCUGUCAAUGGAGUUAUUAACACUCUUCAGUCUGGCUUGGCAGAACAUGCUCAGGGAGAUGGCACAGAUGUUGAAGAGCUGUUGCAUAAAAAGCAGCGACUGAACAUGGUCUCUUCUCCUUCUGAUGGAACCUGUGUAGCAGCUCGCACCCGCCCAGUACUGAGCUGCAAGAAGCGACGGCUCGUUCGACCUAGCAACAUCAUACCCCUCUCCAAAAAGGUUCAUCGUAACAGCAUGGUGCGAUGUAGCUGUGAUGUGAACCCGUUGUGUGCCAUCUGUGGCACUCGAAGCUCCAUAUCUCCGGAAAUCCAGUAUGAAGCCCCUUUGCUGGAGCGCCUCUCCCAGCUGGACUCAUGUAUUCACCCUGUUCUAUCAUUCCCAGAUGAUGUGCCGACGAGCCUGCACUUCCAGAAUAUGCUGAAAUCCCAGUGGCAGAGCAAGCCCUAUGAGAAAAUCAAACCUCCCAAAAAGCUCUCCCUCAAGCAUAGAGCCUCCAUGUCUGCCAGUAGCCUGUCUGACCCUGCUCGCAAGGACCGCCACAAACUGGUCAACUCCUUCUUCACUGCAGCCAUGUUAAAGCAUCACACAGAUGUCGGAGGCCCAAGUUACCUAUCAGCGACUGCGGCCUCUAUGCCCCACAGCCCCAUAGUGCGGCAGCUGUCCACAUCUUCUGACAGUUCUGCUCCUGCCAGCACAAGUUCACAGGGCGCCUCUAGCAUGUCUCCGAGGAGGAGGAGAGGCGAAAGCUCCUUUGAUAUUAAUAACAUUGUCAUCCCAAUGUCUGUUGCUGCAACAACUCGUGUGGAGAAACUACAAUACAAAGAAAUCCUCACACCGAGCUGGCGUGAAGUGGAUAUCAGUGCUCUGAAAGUGAACCCUGAUGAAGACAAUGAGGAGAUUGAGGACCUGUCUGAUUCAGCCUUUGCUGCUCUUCAUGCCAAGUGUGAAGAGAUGGAGCGGGCAAGGUGGCUCUGGAGCACCAGUCUGCCCCCUCAGCGGCGAGGCAGCAGGUCUUACAGAUCAGCAGACGGUCGGACAACCCCUCAGCUGGGGAACCCCUCCACUCCCCAGCCACCAUCACCCGAUGUGGGCAACUGCCACUCCCAUUCUGAAUUCUCACCACGCAGUCCCGUCAGCCCUGAACUGCACUCUGCCCCUCUCACGCCUGUUUCCCGUGACUCCAUGCGGCUCUUGUCCAGUGAGGACACCCGUUGUUCCACACCCGAGGCUGGCCUUGACGAACAGGCUGUGCAGCCCUGGGAGCGACGCUACUUCCCGCUCUCCUACAACCCCAGGACAGAGUGCGAGGACCAAUCUGAUCCCCAGGACCGGCUGUCCCGCUGCACCCGGCGCACAUCAGGCAGCAAGUCAUCCCGGGAGAUGGACAGCGCCCUCCCCUUGCCCGCCCUCCCCAGCCCCAAGAGCCGGCACCCAGCAGUGGCCUCCUCAGCAGCAGCGACAGCAGUUCAGCGGCCAGCACACAGAUAGAGACGGACAGGAAGGAAUGAACAAAACCAACACAGAACUAACUCUUGGCAUUAAAGCUUCCGAAAUCUGCGUUUGAUAUUCAAACAUCCUGCCGGGAAUUUUCACAGUUUUUAGUGAAUUUAAGGAGUUUAGAAACUGUUUUUUUUUGUUUGUUUGGGUUGUUUUUUUUUUUUCCAUGUUUCCUUGUCACACAAUAAGAGCACCCCAGCUUCCUCCCAGCAGAGUGAAGCCUCGGGAGGAGAGCAGCCUGCCAGACACCCUUCCGCCCCUCCCCCUUAGGUGUAUGAUUCUAGAGCACAGGAUUUAGCUGACUAGCAGACUUUGGGGAUUUUUUUCUCAAGCGAAAGGGUAUUUUUCUCUUACUCUCUGCUGCCUGCUGCCUCCUCCCUGAAAAGUUUUAGUGGAGUGAAAUUAGUGGUGAAAAGUGAUGUCUUUGGAAUGCAACCUCCCGCACUAGCUGUCUCUCCCCAUGUGCAGAGCUGAGAUCUGCAGUCCCUGCACACACUCUCCCUGUCAUUUUGUUCCCUAGGUUGUAGUUCCAAGUAUUCUCUCCAUGAUUCCCCCAGGCUGCAUUGCCCUUCAUUUCUUCCUUUCUCCACUCCUGCUUUUAGAGCAGCUGUUCGCUUCAUGGAGGACAAGCCUUCCUGUCACUUGGGGAAAGGAGGUCCCCUCAUUAGCUGCUUCGUGCACAGCUCCCUGUGGGAGAGUGGGAUUUGGGAAGCAGUCUUGUUCAGUUCACACCCUGUGGUUUUUAUACUGGGUGGGGGGCAGAGAAGUGGGAGUCCAGCCCAGCAUGUUCUGGUGCUUCAGCAGGAGCAGAGUUUAUCCAGCACCCUUCAGGACUCCUUCUGCUGAGAUCUGACUUGCUGCUGGCACCAGUACACGCUUUGAUACAGGAAAUGCAAUUCUGUGACCGACACUUUAAUUUGCCUUCGUGGUUUUUUACCCACCGCAAUUAGAAAAUUUCAGGCGAGGUUAGCAGCUGGCCAUCAGAAUGUCACUUCUGUUGUUACUGUUACUGCUUAGAAAGCAUGAUGAGCUGCAGAUGCCAGGAGUAGGACUCAGCAAUUCACCAUGUGAAGUCUGUAGGCUGCAGUGCACAGGCCGCUAAUGUUUGUUUCGCUUAAAUUGGUUUGAUCUAUUUAAAAAAAAAGUCCUAAGAAAAAGCAAGUGUCGUGUGCUGCUCGAAGUCCAGCUCAGUAGAGCCUUGGCUGCUUGCUUAGGAAAAGAUCAGGACUUGUUUUUCACCACUGCUUAACUCCACUUCCACACAAAUUUUGAAAACAAAUGUUUAGUCAGUUUCAUUUUUGAGGACUUUUUGGUCUGAUGAUCAUAAAGUUUGACAGGUAUUUUACUUUAAAAUGGCACCACCGCUGGCCCCUCCUCCUCUAGAGACUCCUGGAUCCCACACACCGUUCCCAUCUGUAAUGUUUUCUGACCCUGACGGUGUGGCUGUUGGUCCCUGUCCUGUUGUUAGCAUUGUGCCUGUCUUAUGUAUAAUCACAUCACCAAAAAAGGAAAAAAAAGACAAAGGACAUAAUUUUUUUUUCCAUUUUGUAAUCGUAAAGAAAUAGUAGCUAAACUGCUUAAUGGUUGGGGUUUUUUCACAAUUUUCAACAUUAUCUAGUGUUCUUUGGUUCUGUUCUAGUUUAAAGGAUUUGUCAUCGUUUCUUUAAAAAAAAAAAAAAAAAAAAAAAAAAAAACCAAUGCUACCAUAUCCCUUUGCAUAAGUGCUUUUCUAUUUAUAAGGUUGAAAAUUCUGAAUAACCCUUUUAGCAUUAUAAAAAACCACAAAAAAACCACCUUGUAUUUUGUAAAUAUUUUUCUUUUCCUGCUUUGAGCUGUGUAAUGUCCUUGUUCUAUAGAAACGCUUUUCUUCUGAGAAGCUGAUCUUUGUUAAUGUCCUGAUUCUGUUUGCAAAGCACAAAUGUGCUUAUAAAAAAAAAAAAGAAAAGAUUAAAAAAAAUUUAAAAAAUGGA